GACAGGGAAAAUCGGCACUAUGCUACUGAUGUUAUUCUGCUGCAGUAAUGUGGUCUCUAAGGGAACCUGUGCUGUGUGCAUAUACUGCCCAGCCAGGCUCUUCUGUAGCCCACUGCCUGCCUUGCUGCUGCUGCUGCUUUCAAAUGGAGGCUUCUGCUGAUGUAGCAAGCAGAAUUCUGCACUCGGGCACCUCUUUCCCCAUCGUUUGGUAGCGUCAACUUGCUUUUAUUUCUUGCUUCCAACUUCAGGUCCAUUGUUCCUGUCUGAAAAGAUUUUGACCUUUGUCUUUGUGGCAAAAUAAUUAGUACACCGAUAAGAAGCAAUUCCCAUCUCAUACCUUGGAAAUGCACUAACAGAAGAGGUGCAUUUUGAAAAAAGUUGACCGGUUGAAUGGUGAACAAAUGGUGGGCAUUUGGAAGCAUUGCAAGGAUUUUUUGCUGUUUAUGGUGAAGCAGAUCCCUCACUUUUCUGGUGAAUCCCUUAAGAUGGAAAGCAGGCUGGCUGAUGCUGAAAUGAUUGUUUGAUUGUCUGGCCUACUUGAAAGUACAGAGUUGGACUCUUGUGUGCAUACACAAAUCAUUUGGACUACUUUGUUUUGCAAUUCUUCAGCUUUCCCACUGAUAGUCCAGUCAGAAAAUGAAUUUGGAAGAAAACUGAUGAAUCCAAUGCAGUGAGAGGCUUGGAAAACAGAGACGGGACCAAAGAACAAUUAUUUCACUGAACAAUUUCAGAUGGAGGUGGAGGCAGACGAGAAGCGCCAUCGCACACGCUCCAAAGGUGUUCGAGUUCCCGUGGAACCAGCCAUACAAGAACUCUUCAGCUGCCCUACUCCUGGCUGUGAUGGCAGUGGUCAUGUUAGUGGCAAAUAUGCAAGACACAGAAGUGUUUAUGGCUGUCCUUUGGCCAAAAAAAGAAAGACGCAAGAGAGGCAGCCCCAAGAACCUGCCCCCAAAAGAAAACCAUUUGUGGUUAAAACGGACAACUCCUCCGUAGAUGAAUGCUAUGAAACAGACGGGACCGAAGAAAUGGACGAUAAAGAAGAGGACGAGGAAGAGGAGGAGGAGGAGGAGGAAGAGGACUACUCUGAUGAUAACGAAGAACAAGGUGAUGAGGAAGAGGAGGAUGAAGAAGUAGAUAGGGAAGAAGGUACUCUUGGCAUUGCAAUAGGAAACUUCCCUUUGGGAAAUUUGAACAAACAGCUUUGCUUAGAGAAGGGACCCACAUUAAAUAUAUUUUGGUUCUUUGAGACUUGGAUGUUGUGUACUUUAGCUGACUUAAAAAAUGAAGGAGAUCGAUAUACGUAG